UCGCUGCUGGCAGGCCACCAUGUCGUGCAGGUAGCUGCUGGAGGAGACCAUACGCUCUUCCUCACUGACGCGGGGAGGGUCCUCGCAUGCGGAAGGAACGACUGCUACCAGCUGGGAGAUGGGUACGAAGGGAGGGAGGCUGGGCCAGAGCCGCAGCAAGUGUCGACCCUCCGCUGGAAGAGGGUGGUGGAGAUGGCAUGCGGUGACGCCCACAACCUCGUGCGGUGCCUGGACGGGUCUGUGUACUCGUGGGGUCUGGGAUCGAGUGGCAGGCUGGGGCUGGGAAACUUCAAGUCUGUGCCGCAGCCCUGCAAGGUCAGCGGGCUGGGAGAGGAGAGGUGCGUGUCGGUGGCUGCCGGGUACUACCACUCGUUUGCUGUGAUGGAGGGCGGGAAGCUGUUUGCUUGGGGGAACGGAACAUGCGGCCAGUUGGGGACGGGGAAGUUCGAGAGCUGCUGCGAGCCAGUGCAGGUGGAGGAGCCAGGGAACGGGCAGCGAUGGAGGGCGGUGAGAGGAGGGGAGUACCAUUCGCUGGGGAUGACCGACGUUGGCUCCCUGUGGUCCUGGGGGCUGAACAACGACGGGCAACUGGGACACGGAGACGAGGAAAGGUGUGGAAGACCAAAGGGGAUCUCCGAGCUCGUCGGAACCAAGAUCUCCUGCUUCUCCUGCGGGCCCAACUUCAAUGUCGCCAUCUCGAACGGAUCGCAGGUCUUCUCCUGGGGUAACAAUCGCUACGGCCAGCUCGGGCAUGGCGACAAGGUUGAGCAGAUUGAAGAAACGUUGCGAUCAGGCUCACAUGGUCCCCUCGUCCUCUCAGUGAGCUGCGGAGGGCGGCAUGUGCUCGGGCUCGACAGGAAGGGACGCAUAUGGGCAUGGGGCUGCAACGAGAGCGGGUGCCUGGGAAUAGGAGACAACAUCCCGCGACUUGCUCCU